UCCAAACUCCCAUCUCCGCCACAAUGAGCGCCAAAUUUAAGCCCGAAACUACGCACAAAGCCGACGCGACCGCCCUCCUCGACGACCGCGGCUACUCCGGCCUCCUCAUCCGCGGCCAGAACCCCGCGCUGCUCUUCGAAAAGGCCGUACGCGACCGCAUCACAGAGUCCUACUACUGGAAGGAGCAGUGCUUCGGGCUGAACGCAGCCACGUUAUGCGACCGCGCCGCAGAACUCACUGCCAUCGGCGGGACAUACGGCGGCGUGGGCAAGCCGACGCCGUUCCUGUGUCUGGCGUUUAAGCUGCUACAGCUCGUGCCGCAGCGGGAGGUCAUACUCGAGUACCUAAACUUCCACGGGGAGGACGGCGGGGAGGACGGGGACGCCGAUGCUGCGGGGAAUGGCGAGAGCGGCGCCGUGCAGAACCCCCAGGCGUUGGGGAAGCGCGGGGAGUUCAAGUACCUGCGCGCUCUGGCUGCGUUCUACAUCCGGCUUGCGUGGGAGCCCGUGGACAUCUACACGACGCUGGAGCCAUUGUUGGCGGAUUUCCGCAAGCUGAGACGGCGGACGAGGGAGGGGUUUGCGCUGACGUAUGUGGAUCAGUUUGUGGAUGAUCUGUUGACGAAGGAUCGGAUCUGCGCGACGAGCCUGUGGAAGCUGCCGAGUAGGGCGAAUCUGGAGGAUUUGGAGAUGUUGGAGCCGAGGGUUAGUCCGCUGGGGGAUGAGGUGGAGGAGUUGGAUCGGGAGGAUGAGAUGGAGGAGGAGAGUGAUGGGGUGGUUGAAGAGCGGGAUGGGUCGUCGGAGAGGUCGCGGAAUGGGUCUGUGAGGCGGUAUUCUGACAGUGGGAGCGAGAAUGAUUAAAGCCUUUCAGAGGCACGGGACCUAAAAGAGAGAAAUGAUACCCCGGACCGUGUCCAAGGAAAGUCAAAGCAACUUGUUAAUGCACACAUCUCUAAACAGGGCAAAGCUGAUCAGGGCGUCAAGCUAUUCGACGAGAUAUUCCUUCAAGAGCCAAUAUAUCUUGCUGACGAAUAUCGAGGCGGCCUUGAGCGAGAAUCGGAGCGGCAUCACAUUAUAAGAAUGGCAAGAGUCGGCUCAUGCUACACGGCACAUGGGUGCUCCUCCUGAACCAAGCAUAACGUAAACAACCCUGAAGUAUUCGUCUACCAUAACGCCAAGAAUAGCACAUCUCAUCCGUAU